ACGUCCUGUCCGUCACCGAGAAGAAGAAGCUCCUGCGGAAGUUGGCUUCUGGUGUUCACAUGUACACAGUUUGUGAUGGAGUCUUCAAAAAGCGAUGUUUCGACAAACAGCGGACAACAAAGCAACAAUUCAGAUGUAGAAGAACAAGAAACCACCGACUUAUGUCCCGGGUUUAAAGACGUAGACUCUUUUGUGAAACAUGCACUGGGUGCUGUGUUAUCAGCCACCAAAGCAUCUGCUGACGUCCCUCAGGCUGGAGAUGAGUACGAUUUCUAUCGGAGCUUCCCUGGCUUUCAGGAGUUCUGUGAGGUCCAGGGCCACAAACUUUUACAAUGCAUGAGUCAGGUCAUGCAGCACCACGGCUGCCGAUCUCUCCCGAGGGACCACAACAAGCUAACAGGACUGGAGGAGGGGUUCGACUUGGUCGUGGACUCAAACGAUGUUAUUCUGGAAAGAGUGGGUAUUCUUCUGGAUGAAGCUGAUGGGCUUAACAGGACUCAGCAGCCCAUUAUGCCUGCAGGGUUUCAGCCUCCCAAGGUUGUCAUCUCCAGCUGGAAUCGCAAGGGUUUAGGUUCUGGCAGCCGGUCACAAACGUUCAAGCUGCUCCAUGCCAAGAAUAUUCCAAGGCCUCAGCUGAAAUUCAAGGAAAAAAUUGACAACAGCAACACGCCCUUUAUUCCCAAGAUCUUCAUCAAGCCCAACGCUGUGAAGCCCCUUGCUUCUUAUUUCACCAACAAACAAAUCUGCAAAGAGCGACCUGAGGAUCUGGAUGUUCCUGCUGCUCUGGCUGAUUUUAUCCAUCAACAGAGGACUCAGGAAUAUGUUGGAGACAUGUUUGCACACCCUUACCAGUAUGAACUGGAUCAUUUUGAAGUUGCAGAAAGUUUAUUGUCUAAGCCAGUACCUCAGAUUUACAAACUGAUCAGCGAGACGAGGUGUUCCUUCAUAGACACACUGGAGGAUCUGGUGUCUCUAAAUGAGAAGCUGUGCAAAGUGCCUGAAUUUGCAGUUGACCUUGAGCACCAUUCCUACAGGAGUUUCCUCGGACUCACGUGUUUGAUGCAGAUCUCCACCAGAGAGGAAGACUUCAUCAUUGAUACGCUGGAGCUCCGCAGUGAGAUGUACAUCCUUAAUGAGGCAUUCACUGACCCGGCCAUUGUCAAGGUGUUUCACGGUGCCGACUCUGACAUUGAGUGGCUCCAGAGGGAUUUCGGAGUGUACGUCGUCAAUCUCUUUGACACACAUCAGGCCAGUCGGGCUUUGAACUUGGCCAGACAUUCGCUCGACCAUCUGCUCAAACACAUCUGCAGCGUAGAUUCAGACAAACGCUACCAACUUGCUGACUGGAGGAUUCGCCCGUUGCCUGAGGAGAUGGUGCAGUACGCUCGGACAGACACACACUACCUUCUCUACAUCUAUGACCGCAUGAGAGUGCAGCUGUUGGACGCCAACCACGGGCAACCCGGCCUGCUGCAGUUUGUCUGGAACAAGAGCAGAGACGUUUCCCUGAAGAAAUACGUGAAGCCUGUGUUCACGGAGGAGUCCUAUUUGGAGCUGCAGUGGAAGCAGAAAAAGAGUUUUAACACUCAGCAGCUCGCUGCCUUCAGACUGCUGUUUGCCUGGAGGGACAAACUGGCCAGGCAGGAGGAUGAAAGCACCGGAUACGUCCUCCCCACUCACAUGAUGAUCAAGAUAUCUGAAGAACUGCCCAAGGAGCCUCAGGGCAUCAUUGCGUGCUGUAACCCGGUUCCACCGCUGGUGAGGCAGCAGGUCAAUGAGCUCCAUUUGUUAGUGCAGCAGGCCAGAGACAUGCCUCUGCUCAAGAGUGAAAUAGCAACUCCAAAGAAGAAGGGCCUCACACCCAUAAGAACGUCUGAGGUUACCUUGUUUGGUCCUCAUGAUAUGUCCAGGGUCUCUGAGGGCGAGUUCCCCUCCUUCCCUCUUCAUGAUAUGCUUGUCAAACCAGGAAAACUGUUCUCAGAUGACGAUCACGAAUCAGAUGUUGAGAUUUCGGAAACAAGUAGUCUCAUGGCACCUGCUAAAAUCACGCUGUUUGAGGAGGUGGGAACAGAAGUCGACCCCGAGUCUCUCACUGUGUCUCAAAUGAAAGCCAGAAGUAUCAGUGAGUCUUUUGAAAACCCCUUUAGGAUGUAUUUACCUGCCAACAAUGCACAUAUCAACAAGAACGCCAAGCGUGACCCCUCUUCUAAAAUAUUUGAGAUUAGCAAAAGAUGGAAAUUGCAGAGUGUGGAGCAGCAGCAGAAGGAACUGGAAGCCAAGAAGAAAACUGCUGAAGAGGCGAAGGCACACGCAAAGAAACUGACAGAGGAAAGAAACAAAGCUAAACAGAGCUACCAAGAGUCUCUCCAGAAUGUUGCCACUGUUCGCCAGCAGGCAGCGGAAUCUGAAAAAGGCGGUGGACAGAAAAGAAAAUCUGCUGACAGGGAGGCUGGACAGUCGACUCCCAAACAGAGUAAGAAACUAAAGAAAUCUACAGAGAAGCCCCAGAAGAGUGGCCCCACUCUCCAAGAUGACUUCAAGCCCUUCAAUUACAGUCAGUCAGAUCUGAAAGUCUUUACUGGUGCCAAAUCGCAGAACGACACCCAGUUUGAUCCAAAUCAGCAAGUCCAAGAAAGGAAAAAGAAAAUUCCAAAGGGUCAAAAAUCAAAUUUUGACACUGGAAACAGAAGUAUGUCAUACCUGCCCGGAACAUCUGACAGAGGAUUCCGGCACAACUGGCCCAAAAGAUAGAUCGUCUUCAAUUUCAAAACUAAUUUUUAUGCAGGAACAAUGAUUCCUGUUUGUCUUAGGUUAAGCAUUUAAAUGAUUUUGAAAUACAUCUUUGCCAUUCUGUGCGUCAGUAUAACUUGUAAAUAGAGGGAAGCACAGAACUGUAAGUAAAGAUCAUUUUAGAAGGAAAAAGUCUUGUUCAAAUGUCUUCAUUAAACACAAUCUAAUGAUGGGUCAUAAAAAAAUCUUGGCCACUUUACACAGUAUUCUUUACAAAUAUAUAAGAUUUAUGGGACUGAUAAACAUAUUUAUGGUGUAUUUGAAAUUGUCUGUGUAAACUGUAAGUAACAUUUGUCUUGAAACUUGGCAGAAAAAUCUCUGUUCUGUUUUUAAACCUUAGUCUUGACAGAUUUCAAAGAAAUACGCGUAGACUUAAGAACUAGCUUGUGUUUUUUGCUGCAACCCAGUUGGGUUAAAUUCUAUUUUAUAAAGCAGUUAAUUCUUGUAUUAUUUUCAAGAAAGAUGCCAUGUGGGGUUCCUCAAGACUCAAACCUUGGGCCUUUCCUGCUUUUGGAAUGUUUUACUGUUGUUUUCCAGUGAACAGAAAAAUUCCAGAACCCAAGUCU